UGAUCCAGCCAGCCAAUGAGCAGCUCGCACCUGCACCGUCUGCAGCUCUGCAGCAACAAGAGGUCACUACACUUGGAAACGUGGAGGAGAGAGCGCACAGCGGUGACAGCCUGCAGCAGCCCCAGCCAGGCCUCCAGUCAGUACACACAGAGACGUUACAGAAGGACAACCGGCUCUGCGAUGCCGCUGAACAACGGCAACACCGUGGCCGUGGAGAGACGCGUGGACCUGGCCUCUCUCUUCUGCAUGAUCGGGCGCCACGGUCCCGCCGUGGCUAUGGCUCUUGUAGCCAUGGCGUCGUUGCUGGCGGGUUUCAUCAUCUACCGGACCGUGAGGGGGAAGCGGAAGAAGGCCACAGCCGCCGACGGUGACAGCAAGAGCCCCGGAGAGGAGAGUGACGCAUCGGUGAUGCAGCCGAGCUCCGUGGAGUCAACAGAGGUGAGUGAUGAAGGCUCAUCAGAUGUGAAGGAGGAUGUUGAUCUGAUUCGGAGUGAUCUGAAAAUCAGGCACCGCCGUGCUGCUGAGAAGACCCCUCCGCCUUAUUCCCCUUCUAAGAGUGACAUCCACAUACCAGACGCUUGCAAAGUAGCAGAGGCGUAUGCAGACAAGGCCAUUUGGAGCCGGCAAAGUGAUCCUAACACUGAGGCUGAAAUGGUGCUGGAGGAUGCGGUUGAUUGCCAUCAGGGUGAAACGGAUGACGCCAUCAAGGAUGUGUUGGAAGAGUUCCAUGAUAAGAAGGACAGCUGCUGGAAGGAGCCUGAGCCGAAUAAUGAUGAGAACCACGAGGAGGAAGAGAAGGUGUUGAAAGCAGAAUGCCAGGAAGAUGAGGACGUGACCACAGACAUGGACGAUUCUGACAAGACAACCAGACAAGAGGAGGAAAACGUUCAGUGUGCUUUGACCAAUCUGGUGUUUUUCGAAAAAAACCCUCAUGUGAGUGAACACAGUGAUGACGAGCAGCUAAUUGACCAACAAGCUGAGAUCUGGUCCUCAACCUCUGAACAAGAAACAAACUGGCACGAGCAGUGUGAUCAGGAGAUGGACAAGGUGACGCCGCCAAUUCGCGAAGUUUUAGAUGAAGACCACUUGAACAUACUUGCAGCUGUUAAAUGUGAUGCCCUUUUGCCACAGUUUGACGAGCAAGAUGUGGCGAUUGAACGAAAGGAGGAAAAUGGUCUUGCGUGUUAUCAAGAGGACGGUGUUCUUUACGAUGAUCAAGUAAAAGAGAAAAUGCUGACUGGUGACAGCAUCGUUGCCUGUAGUGAAGAACCUGAAGGUUCAAGCGUGGCACCCAGACCUGCUCUGCCCUGUUUGAGCGCGCCCAUAAAGGCUAUUAGUCAUGAUGACGGUCUGUCAGGUAUCACCACUAAUGCAAAAGCUCAAAUCUCAGGCAUUGCAGAAUUUCCCGACUUGUCAUCAGAUCUUCAACACCCACAGAAAGAAGAUAAAAUAGCUCCAGCUCUGGAUGAAGACACCAAUUCUACUAAUAUUCUUGGACCUCAAAUUCUAUCACAUGAGACAGAAAAUCAGCCUGAAAAUAAUGUAAAUGGCACAGCGAUGAUGUUGGCUGAAGAACGCAAUGACCAAGUGCAUGACCCUCAUGUUAAAUCUCGCUGCGAAGACGAACAAAGUGUCCAAACCAUAAGAAAUGAAACUUUUGACGAGGCAAGUGUUGCUGCUGCUCCUGAAAUAGUUGCUUGUGAUGGUGAAAACCUUAGCGCCCAUGUAAUGGCUGACGUUUUUGAUAAGGCGAGUGUUGCUACUGAUUCUGGUACAGUUGACCAAGUUAGCGAAACUGCUUCUGUAAUAGUUGAAGAAAUAUCUUGUCCUCACCUGCCAUCCACUAGCCAAGACCAACAAAGUGGCCGCAUGGAAAUUAAUUUUGAAAAGAUGAGGGUCAAUUCCACUACUGAAGCAGCUGCUUGCAAUAAUGCUAGCCUUACUUCACCUAUAAUGUCUAAAGAACUAUCACGCCCCGACAUGUUGUCUUCCUCCCAAGACCAACAAAGUGACCAAACCAAAGAUUUUUUUGCAGUUACCACUGGUGGCACUCCCAUCAUGAUUGAGGACAUCAACAUCAAUCCUGCCAUGUGUCAAAUUCCCCUUCCGUCUUUCGAGCAAUUUGAGCUUAGGGAUGACGCAUCAUCUGCUGGUGUUGGUGAAGAGAGUGGGAUUUCAAGCUUGACUGUCAGCCCUGAUAAUGAGUUUGACGUGAUCUUUGAAAGUACGCUGCUUCCGGUGACGGAUUGUGAUCCACACAAAAGUCAAAACAGCCUCUUUGCUAACGAUGCUGCCCUAUCCGUCAUUAAAGAGGAUACAGCAGGUAUGGUGUUCGUUCUUGACCCAUCACGUCACUCCCAGCCACCCCACAGCGAGCGCACAGGUUGGACUAAUUAUGAAUCAUUUAAAGCCAACGAGGACAUGUUUGGUCAUGAGGUUGAGGAUAGUUACCUCAGAGCGACGGAUCAGUUCAUGGCGCAGGUUGCAGACAGCGUUACAAGCUUCACCAAUGACCUGGAAAAGCACACAGAUGUGAAAGUUACUGUAGAGGUUAAAGAGAAGGAAGCAGGAGUAAGUGCUAAAAAGGAGGAGGAAAACAAAGUAGAGAAGGCGAUAGAAGAGGACAAUGAAAUGGCUGAAAUUAGUAUCAUGGAGGCAACUAUGGACCAUAAUGAAUGGGUCAUGGAUGGUAACUACCAAGCCCUUCCUUGGAUGAAUCUUUCUGCCCCAUCUUUUGCCCAAGACAAUACAAAAACCAACCAGCUUCCCACUGAAGAGUACCAAUGCAGCUCUGCUGUAACUGACUCCACUUGUAUAGAUACAACCGACAUCCCACCUUCCACUGAAGUCAAACAAAUCAGCACUCUCUCCCAUGUCGACGAAAACACGGAAAAUAACAAGAAGAUUGGGGCGGUUCAGCCCAUGCCCCAGCAUGUCAACGUGACCUUUCGCAUCCAUUAUUUCACCCAAUCGCCAUACCAGACGGUGGCUGUCACGGGGAACCAGCAGGAGCUGGGGAACUGGAAGGGAUUCAUCCCGCUAGAGAGAGCCAAGGAUGGGAACUGGUCCACGGUGGUCAGCUUGCCCGCAGAGAUCCAUGUGGAGUGGAAGUUUGUGGUGGUGGACAAGGGGGAGGUGUGUCGCUGGGAGGAAUGUGGCAACCGCCUCCUUGAUACGGGCAACGGAGAUGACCUCCUGGUGCACAAAUGGUGGGGACGCUUGUAAGAGGUGAGGUGCGAGCAAGAUUGAGAGUGGCGUGUACAGUAAGCUUUGGUACUGGAUACUGAACCAGAUAGAAACCAAGACCCACAGUAGAUAAUGACACCAUUAUUAGGGGUGUGAAGCUUCACUGGGUUCACGAUCCAAUUAUCCUGUCAACGAUUUGAAUCGAUUCAAUAUCACGAUGCGUCACCACCUCAAUAUUAUUAUAUAUUGCUACACAUGGUGUUCAACAAAUUCAAGCAGUCAGGUAUAUAUAUGAACUCCCCUUUUGUAUUUUAUCUGCUUCUAAAAAAAAAAAAAAAGACACUUUCUGAAUGUAGCGGCGUCUGAACACAACCGACAAAAACAAAAAGCAGCUACCAGAAAAAUCAACAAGCAACAUCAGGCAAAAAUCGAUUAUGGUCUGUCACUGCAUCGAUGCAGAAUCGUCCUUGUCCACAUCGCAUCGAUGCAAUGAUUAAUUUCAACACCCCUAUCAUUUAUACUGUCUCAUAUCAUGAAUAUGGCCUAAUAAGCAUUGGUUUGGUCAAUUUUGGGGUCAUCAAUUGGUAGACAGUCUAGGUUUAAACUGGGAUACUUUUUUUUUUUUUUUUUUUUUUAAUAGAUGUCAAGGUUACUUAUAACCAUUGUGAGGGUUUUACAGCCCAGACCUGCCAAUACCCAACACCAUGAUCACUGGGAUAAAACUGGGUCACCUAAUGGGACUUAGAUUGACCUCUAAUAGCCAGUGAUUAAGUGGAUCUUUCAGGAAACUGAAAAGAUUGCCAUCAAAAGACAGGCAUUACAUAAAAGAUUUGCCUUUUUUUCUGUGGCAGUAUCUAGGAUUAUGCAAACUGCACCUCUUUCAAAAUGUGACUUAAUGCAAGUGUUUAAUUUGUGUAAAUGGAGGCUUUCUUAUACUAUCCAUAAUGCUGCUUGAAUACUCCCCAACAAUCUAUGACAACAAAUGCACAUAGUUACCUUUUUUCUACAGCAAUAAUGAAAGAAAUACAUGUAUAGCGUAUACUGUACGACUGGUGUUAGAUCAGGUAUUCUAAUGUGUUUACCACUAAACUGUGAUUAUAGUUGUAACUUUGGUGAUGCUUUUAUCUCGUGGGACUGUGUGCAUGCAUGAGUGUCCCAUUGUUGUUCUAUGAAUGUGCCUUCUAUACAUAAUUUUUCCAAUAAUGUGUUAUACAGCCUGGCUUUUCUUUUUAAAAACAGCUUUGCUGGCCACCAUUUUCAUAGUUUCACUACAACUUUACUGUACUUGCAAUAUAUUAAUUAUUUUCUUUAAAACAACGGUCACUUUUUUCUGUCAAGUUUCAGUUGCAAUCAGUCCAGACUAUAGACUCUAUGCCUCAGAUCAUGUCAGAGUAUCUUGUUAUGCAAUACGGUGAUGAUAAUGCUUCUCUUGAAUGUCAUUAAGGUGGAGGUGGUUACCAAAUAAAGAAAUCUUCCAAGUCUGUCAUAUCUGGAAAU